CGAGCACUCCAUCUUCUACGUCUCUUUCUUUGCUCUCUGAUAUUUUCCCCAAUCUUCUAUACUGCGGGCGUGUUUGUAUAUACAGUUUUACAUGCACAACCGCGCAUUUCUAUAGAGAUAGAAUAUAAAACCAGAGAUUUAGGUCUUCUGAUCGGAUUGGAGUGGUGUUUGGUGGAGGAUCGAUCCUUGCUCAAAUCGUUAAUCAAUGGCGGAGGACAAGUACAAUCUAAAGAAUCCUGCAGUGAAGAGGAUCCUGCAGGAGGUCAAGGAAAUGCAAUCUAAUCCUUCUGAUGAUUUCAUGAGCCUCCCUCUCGAGGAGAAUAUAUUUGAAUGGCAAUUUGCCAUAAGAGGCCCAAGAGAUACUGAAUUUGAGGGUGGUAUUUAUCACGGACGGAUUCAGUUGCCUGCUGAAUAUCCAUUCCAGCCUCCUUCAUUUAUGUUGUUGACUCCAAAUGGUCGUUUUGAAACCCAGACCAAGAUAUGCUUGAGCAUAUCAAAUCACCAUCCCGAGCACUGGCAGCCAUCAUGGAGUGUGCGGACUGCUCUUGUGGCACUAAUUGCCUUCAUGCCAACUAGCCCAAAUGGUGCAUUGGGCUCAUUAGACUACAAAAAAGAAGAGAGGCGAACCUUGGCCAUCAAAUCUCGUGAAGCACUCCCUAGAUUUGGCACUCCUGAACGUCAAAAACUUAUCGAUGAAAUCCAUCAGUAUAUGCUAAGCAAGGCCCCCCCAGUUCCCCAACUUAGCUCCCCCCAGGGUUCUGAUGAAAAUCCAACAAAUGCGGAGGUGUUAUUGCAGGCAGAUAUGCAAAAUGUUGGGGCAGCAGAUGUGCAAGCACCUUCAGAUCCAACAGUAGGUGACAGAAUCGCUGAAGAAGUGCACGAGGCGCCUGCCAAUGCUGAGGCGCCUGUCAAUGCCGAUCCCAAUCAUAUGGGAGCAAGGGUAGCAUCUGAGGUUGCCAGGAAUCCAAGCAAUCAGCCGCUGCAAAAGCCACUGACGAGGGUUCAGAAACCAGGUGAUGACCGUCUGCUUACAUGGGCCGCCAUUGGCUUGACAAUUGCAAUCCUGGUUCUUUUACUGAAGAAGUUCAUAAAAUCAAGCGGACAUGAUGCUGUUUUCAUGGAUAGAUCGUAGAUGCUAUAUUUCUGUUAUGCACCGGUUUGCAACUUACAUAGCUACUCGGCAGCCAGAGAAGUGCAUAUAAAUUCGAAGCAUGCACUAUCGCUGUUAAUAGUAUAAAAGCCGCCAUUCAUUUGUUUGCGAUGAUAAUCAUGUCUUAUAUCUACUUUUUUUUUCUAAGAGACGUGGAUGUAGGAUUCAAACUCAGACUCCUUAGUUAUUUUACCGAGUGUUAUAUAAUAUGCGUCAAAUAUUCUUGAUUAUA